GGCCGGUAGGGUGCGCUAUCCACGGUGCCUUGCCAGAUCCCGGCCGGCCUGCGCCUGCGCGGGGCUUGAGCGCCGCUGCGAAGGCUGUGGGGGAGUGGAGCGGCCUAUCCCACACCUGCGCACUCGGACCAAGAUGGCGGCGGCGGCCCUCCUGGGCCGGGGAGCUGCGGCGGCUGCCGCUGGGCUGCGGAGGCGAUUCUGUCAUAUGAUGAAUCCAUAUACCAUUAAGAAACAGCCUCUGCAUCAGUUUGUCCAGAGACCACUUUUCCCACUCCCUGCAACCUUAUGUAACACAGUGAGAUACAUGUUUAUUCAAACACAAGAUACCCCAAAUCCCAACAGUUUAAAGUUUAUUCCAGGAAAACCAGUUCUUGAGACAAGGACCAUGGAUUUUCCCACACCAGCUACAGCAUUUCGCUCCCCUCUGGCUAGGCAGUUAUUUAGGAUUGAAGGAGUAAAAAGUGUCUUCUUUGGACCCGAUUUCAUCACUGUCACAAAGGAAAAUGAAGAGUUAGACUGGAAUUUACUGAAACCAGAUAUCUAUGCUACAAUUAUGGAUUUCUUUGCAUCUGGCUUACCUUUAGUUACUGAGGAAACACCUUCAGGAGAAGCAGGAUCUGAAGAUGAUGAUGAAGUUGUGGCAAUGAUUAAGGAAUUGUUAGAUACUAGAAUACGGCCAACUGUGCAGGAAGAUGGAGGAGAUGUAAUCUAUAAAGGCUUUGAAGAUGGCAUUGUACAGCUGAAACUCCAAGGUUCUUGUACCAGCUGCCCCAGUUCAAUCAUUACUCUGAAAAAUGGAAUUCAGAACAUGCUGCAGUUUUAUAUUCCAGAAGUAGAAGGUGUAGAACAGGUAUCUAAGGAAUAUAGUACAGUACUUUCUCAGCAGUGAUAGUGAUAUUCACUGCAGUAAUUCUCAAACAAGAGGCAUGGCCUUAUGGUGAGAGAUUAUCAAGUAAGGAAAGAGCGUGUGGAAAUUAGAAAUUUGAAAAAACUCUUCAGGUAAUUCUGUGCCUUUAAGGAGAGGGCAUCAUCUCCUCUCAGCUCCUGUGAGACUCACUCAUCUCUGGGUAGUAUUUAGACCUGUCCUUUUGGUACAAUACAUGCCAUCUCCUCUCUGAAAUUCUUAUCGGUCCUUCACUUGGAAUUAAGCUGUACUUCUGUGCAAAGCUUCUGUGUUUCUGUUUCAGUUUUCUGUUCAGGGUUAAUUUCCUUGAGAGGUUUGUAAUCGUAUCUAGGUCUUUGUGUUCUUCAACACUUAGCCUUGUGUAUUGUAAAUGUUGUUUACAUAGUUUGUAUUAAAUAUUUAGAAACAUUCCAAAUAAUAUUUUUGCCUAAAAUAGAAGUUGAUUGACAAAAUUUUUUGGAUUGGGUGCUGCUGAGAUUAGAUAUAAAAAUAUCAAUUCCUUGGAAGUAAAUAUCCAUUUUUUACUCAACCCAGAAGAAACUAUGAGGGAAUUGUUUUUCCAUUGAUUGUUUCAGAUCAGAGCCAGAUUCAUCUGGAUUUUUUAAAAUUAAUUUUUGUUCCAUUAUCCUCUAUAUGCCUUUUUAAAAAUAAAUUUAU